CAGCUGUAGAUUUUAUUUCGGAUUUCAGACUGUACCUAACCAUAACUACCAUCUGUUAAUUUCUAGUUUAAUAAUAUGUUUUACAUAUUUCCUUUAAGGGAAAGGUUGAUAGGGAAAAAAUAUUUAACUAAUAAGCGUGGCUAUGAUGAUAUUCAGUAUUUUUGUUUUUCUAUUAUUCUUUUCAAGUGUUGCAGAAACAUUCAUCGCACGAGUAGCAAAGCCUUGGUUGUGGUCAGACUUUCUGUUUUAUAGAACACAGCUGGGCAAGAAGUUUCUAAAAAGUACAGAAAUAAUGGACAACUUCACACGGCAGGUUAUACGAGCACGUAAAGAAGAAGCGAUUAAGCAGAAUACGAUAACAUACGAUGAGCAAAACAGUCAUCAGGAUGAAAUAACUUUUGGGUAUGGAAAGAAGAGACAAGCUUUUUUAGAUUUGUUGUUGGAUCACCAUCUGAAGGAUAAUACGAUGACUGAGGACGACAUGCAGGAGGAAGUUGAUUCAUUCAUGUUUGCGGAAUGAAGAGUCUAAGUUCUCUGAUUUAGCCCCUGCACAU